AUGAACCGCAGAUCCGCACACUCCCGUUUCGUUACUGGAAACGGGCAGGAAACCCACCUAAGGGACAUCGUCGUUUCGACUACGCCCAAGCGCACCCAUUCCAAGAUGACUCGACAGAGCGAAGGAAAGGAAGCGUACCCCAUCAACCCCGAACCCCGAACCCACUGCCCCGUCAAUGGGGUGAACUGCGAAAGGGCCGCUGACCCUUACGAGAACCCGACCUGCACGCAGAGUGAACACCGCACCGACCAGUCGCAGGCGGCACCGGCGCCGAAACCAACACCUGUGGCCUAUCCCGAUGAAUGGAACCGCGAGCCCUGGCAUGACCCCACCGGGAAGGAACCCCACCCGGUUCUCCCGGAGCACCAACAACUCAGACAUAGAGUGGCAGGUGGAAGAAGCCGCCUGAAUAUAACGCUCAACUACAGAAGCUUCAAAAAGCAGAGGACAAAACGGAGAAGACAACCUAAGAACCAGGGCUCAAGUGGAUUCCAAAGAGGAAGCAAUGACUGCCUGUCAACAUACGAAACGCGCAGCGAAAAACAGCAGCAACGCCUCCCGCAGGAUCGACGCAAACAGCUUCAACAUGGCAGACGAUGCCCGGGCAGCCGAGACCAAAGCGCCAGACCCCAGGAACGGCCCCAAGCGUCACCACAUCCUCCGCAAGCCAAUCUGAAGGCAGCUCCAGAAGGGAAAAGAAAUGCAGGACCGAAGCCAAAAAGCCACGAGCGCGCAAAUCCUCCGCCACAAGAGCAGGCGACAGGGAAGGAACCUGCACAUGGAGCUGUACCACACCAACAUUCCACAAAAGGGCAGGAGCGAAGACACUCAUUAAGAUGCUCAAAAUUGCCCCCAG